AUGGGACAGGGACUAUCUACAUAUACACAAUUCCCUUAUGUUAUAGGUACACCUAUAACAUCGUAUCAGGGAAAGUCAAUAUGGACAUUGCACACUGGUACAAAGAAGGAUGAUGGUAGCCCAGUGUCUAUAUUCUCAUUCGAUAUAAAGAAGAGUCCUGCCAAGAUUGACGUUGCAAAGAAUGGAUUCAAGCGUGCAAAGACUAUUAGACAUCCAAACUUCCUCACCUAUCUCGAUGGCAUUGAGCUCGAGACCAACAUUUACAUCGUCACCGAGCCCGUCACGCCACUCGAUGAACUGAUCGACGACAUCAGGAAGUAUGAUAAUGCUAUAUCAUGGGGUGUAUAUCAGAUAACUAAAGCAUUAUCAUUCGCCAACAAUGAUGUCAAUCUUGCACAUGGCAAUGUUAAUACGACGACAGUGUUUGUAACAAAGGCAGGCGAUUGGAAGCUGGGUGGAUUGGACCUACUCUGCGAUAUCAGAGACUCCAACCCAAUCUUGAAGCAGCAUGGUGAUAUCGUACCUGUAAAGUACAAGCCACCAGAGAUAACCAAAGGUCUCUGGCCUCAGAUCAAUACUGCGCCACCAAUCGCUAUCGAUUCAUGGAUGCUUGGAUGUUUGAUUUAUGAAUGCUAUAAUGGACCAAUGAGCAAGUCUGAUGAUGUUAGGGAUCUUUCAAAGAUACCAAAGGAGGUUCAUACUUCUUAUCAGAAGUGCUUUGCCGCCAAGGCCGAAUCCAGAUUGAAUCCCUCCAAGUUCCUCGAGUGUCCAUACUUCAAUAACAUCUUUGUGGAGACCUGUGUCUUCCUGGAGAACAUCACUCUCAAGGAUAACUUUGAGAAGGAAGCAUUCUUUAAGAAGCUGGAUCAUCACAUUGACAAGAUACCGAUGAACAUUUGUAAAUUUAAGAUACUGCCUCAUUUGAUCACUGCCUUUGACUUUGGACCUGUCAAUCCAAAGAUAUUGGGCACAUUGAUGAAGAUCAGUGCCAAUCUAUCCACGGAGGAGUACGUCACCAAGGUGGUACCAAGCGUGGUCAAGUGGUUCCAGUCCGACGACAGAUCACUACGUGUCAACCUGCUCGAGAAUCUCGAGCACUACAUCCAGCAUCUCACACCGGCCAUCAUCAACGAUCAGAUCUUCCCCAACGUUGUAAAUGGAUUCAAUGACAAGCCUGCACUCAAAGAGGUCACCAUCAAGUCAAUGCUUCUCUUCGCACCAAAGCUCUCGGAAAAGACGAUGAUUCAAUUGUUGAAGUACUUUGCAGCAUUGCAGAAGGACCCUGAGCCUGGUAUUAGGACAAACACAACGAUUUGUCUUGGUAGGAUCGCUGAGCAUAUCAACGAGCAGACAAGGAAGAGAGUGUUGAUCCCUGCAUUUGCAACUUCGCUCAAGGAUCCAUUUGUACCAUCGCAGAAUGCAGGUCUCUCUGCAUUCAUGUUCACACAGGGCCACUACAACGCCGAGGAGAUAGCCACAAGAAUCCUGCCAGAGAUCUCCCGUUGUCUCAUCAGUCCAGACAAGUCGAUAAGGGCCACAGCACUACAAGCUAUGAACCUGUUUAUCAAGAAGGUUGAGACGAUGAUGGCUUCAAUUGGCACCGAUCAGAAUACAUCACCAUUGUCUGGUAGUGGUGGAGCUCAAGGACAGACACAUGCACAAGGUGGACAGCAGGGACAUAGUCAACAGGGACAAGAGUCAAUGUUGGGAUGGGCUUAUGGUCUAACAAAGAAAUAUAUAUCCCCAACUGGCAAUGAGAAUGGACAACCAUCACCAAUUGCACCAAGUCAACCACAUCAACAACAGGCAUCUAAGGGAACAUCUUCAUCAUCAUCACAGUCACAGUCACAACAACAACAACAGCAGCCUAAACAAACAAACACUCGUGUUGUCCAACCAUCCAACACAUCAAAGGACUCGAAUGGAUGGGACGACGAGGAUGAACUGGACAUUGACGAGGAGGACAACUACUCAAACGACCGUCGCAACACUUCAUCAAACACAUCAAAGAGCACUGGCUACUCAUCAUCGUCAACAUCAUCGUCCAGGAAUACUCAGUCGGAUUCACCUCCAAUCGCUCAGACAAAGGGCAUGUCACUGGUAUCCAAGCCAAAGACACAGGCUAGCAAGCUGUCCAAGUUCUCAUUUGAAGAGGAGGAUUCGAACUGGGGAGACAAUGUGGUCUCGCCACCAACCUCUGCCGUCACAACCAAGUCCAGCAGCGGUGGACAAUCUGAUUGGGGCAAUGGAUGGGAUGACGAGCCAACGAUCACCACCAACACUUCCUCAGUCAAGUCACUAAAGAAGACAACGGCAGCAAGCAAACCAGCUAGCAAGAGUGUUGCAGCACCAUCCAGCGAUGGAUGGGAUUCAUGGGAUGACUAA